AUGAUGGAUACUGUAGAUUGGAGGUUACGGUAGCUCUUCUUCUUUUUUCGGUUAGCUCUCGUUCAAUUUGAGAUCAGUCAAAGUUCUGGCCGUUGAAUUGAACUAUUAAAUUGAUUUUGAGAAGUUUUGGUAGCUUUUGAGGAUUCAUUGAAGCCAGAAAAAUGGGUUAAAUUUGGUUUUCCUGGAUAUUUUUGAAUGAUCUUCCCAGUUUUGACGCAUCUUGGAAUCAUAUUUUUUCUUUCCUUCAUCAUUUUUAGAACUUUGAACAAGCUUCACACAAUUUUUUUUAUCUUAGAAGUUUAUAAAGUCAAUUUUCCUCCGUAAACGCAGUUCUUCUCGUUUUCAUCUGAAUCUUUUCAUUUCCGUCAAUUUCCCGUCUUUUUUUCUUCAAAUCUUCAUUAACCAUUUCAGUCACCACCCCUGCAACUAUCACUCUCUUGAAGACUAUCAUCAUUUCUCAAGUGCAGAGGAAAUUGUCAGAAGACGUCAAAGAAGAAGAAGAAGAAGAAGGAGAGACACGUCGUCGAACUGCUCCAGAAUUUAUUCCUGUACCGGCCAAGGUUCACCGCCACCGCCGCCGUCAAUGGCGGUGGCGGUCGACCUCGCCUUCCCCCACAAAUCCCGACGCCGUCAUCAACCUCGUCGGAACUUCUGAUCCGCGUCGAAGAAGACCCGCCGACGUCUCCGCACCUCCUGCCGCCUUCCCCGACGACUCCCAAGAAUCGGUUCCGGAAGCCGAGCGAACGGUAUGAAGACCGAGGCAAUGAGCGGCUCUUCAUGACCUCCCUGGCCAAUGUCACCCUGAGCAAGACCUCGGAGACUGGAGCUCCUCCAGCUCUCCAAACCAAGCUCUCCGAGCCCAACCUGAUGAAUGGCGAAGCGGUUCUUCUCCGGCAACGAUGUACCAGCACCCCCAAUGGUCAGCCUACACCUUCGAAAGAGCCUGACCCAGUCAAAGCUCUCUUGAUCUUCUCGAAAAGCUUCAAGAAGGUCAGGAGAGUCCGCUCGGCCAUGCCAAGGCGGAGAAGGAGACGGAGGAUGAAGAUCAAGAAGAGCAGGUCUUUACCGGAACUGAGGAACGCGGAAAGAUUAGCUCUACGCCAGAGAAGUAUCUCUCUGAAGGACAGGACGAGAAAUAAGGAGAAGGAGAAGGAGCUGGAGGAGAUCGUGACGUCGAAAAAGUCGACCAUCACCAAGCCGAAGACCCAGCUUCUCGAGGUUUAUAAGGACCGGAGGAAGGUUUGGUUUCACGAGUUUACGGUCCCAAAAAUAGAUCAGAAGUGACAGAAUUGUUUGAUUUUAUUUUUUCUUCCAGUCGACGGUUCUGGAUGGGACUGGAAGCAUGGCGGCCAACGCCUUCUACAAAAGUAUCGACGCGGCGCCGAACAUGAACGUCGCCAGGACGAAGACCAGCAUCCCGCUCGUCUCCGAACUCGUAAGUUCAGCUCAUAUUUCUGACGGUCUGCGCUCUCUCUUUCCCUCGAGAAAGCGCAGAGAGAGGUGAAUGAUCAAUAUGAAUCGAGUAUUCGACCUUAAAGUGGUCCAUUCAUUUUCAUUCCUUACUGUCUGCGCUCUCUUUCUCCCUCAUCUGAGUAACAAUUUUGAGGAAGAGAGAACAAGAGAGCGCAAAGAAGUCAGAGUUAUAGAAAUGAAUAAGUUUCGGCCUAGUUGAAGAUAUAUAUAAGACUAAUCCAGGCUACAGUAAAUUGAGUCUUUUUCAAAAAUCUUCGUUCAUUCUUGGUUUCUGACCGUCUGCGCUCUCUUUUCUCUCCAGAACAGCGAGAGGAAAGAGAGGAUAGUCAGGUUAGAGUCAAGGAGGAUGAAGCAUUAAAGUGAAUCAUUCCACGGUAGCCUGGACCGCUCUACAGUACCCCAUACAGUAUACCAAAACUUUUGUCACAUCGUUUUAGAGUCCGUGUUUUUUGCAGGUCUUAAAGGUAAGCCGAAGAGUUAUCCCCCCUCAAAAAAUUUGGUGCACAAAAACCUCGGCAUUUCUGAGGUUACGGUAGGCCUGCAUGUGUACAUCGGGUUACGGUGGCUUUUUUUAUUGAAUUUUUAAAAAUUUUUUUCAAAAAAAUUUGGCUUUUUUUAUUCGCAUGUGCUUUUGCUAAGGCGCUUUGGAAAAAUAAUAAUUUUUUUCAAAAAUCUUUUUUUAAAAUCCUUCUACUCCUUCCAAACCGCCUUACGCUCAUUUUUAGGUAAAAUUCAAAAAUUUUUGACGCAAAAAUUUUUCAUUUUUUUAGUACAAAAUUAACAUUUGGCUACCGUUUUUCCCGCACGAUUUUUUUUACUAACUACUAGAUUUUUUUGAGUUUUUUUAAGCUGCUGCUUUCGCUUUUUUUAUUUUUUUUAUGCUUUAUAUAGAAUGGCUUUGGUUUCAUUUACUGCAAAAAGCUUGGCUCAUUUUUUUUCAGUUGCUUUUUUUUAUUUUUCUUCAAAAUCGAAUAGAAGAAUUUUACAGACAAUGGCCACAAAAAGAGCGCAGGCCGGCCUCGCCAACGCUGCCAAAACCACGUUCGCUGAUGAUGAACUGGUGGGUCUCGAGUGGAAAUUAAAGGCGCAUGCCUUGAAAUUUAUAAAGUUUUUCGACAAGAAGUGGAUUUUUGGCUCAUUCCGAGCACCUAGAAAGCUUUUUCGUGCAUAAGAAUUGACUAGGAAAAUAGCAAAAAAGAUAUUUCCCUGGACAGGACUUGAACCUGUGACCUUUUGACCAUUGAGUUCUGAGCAUUCUUUUAAGGAGAGUAGCCGAAAAAUAGACGAAGCUAGAGAGUGUGGAAAUUUCGGAGAGCGGCAGACUGAAAAAGAUUGUCUGCGUCUCUUCAUUUAUCAUGCUCUCUAGAUUUUUUUGUUUUUGAAAAACGGCAAAAAGGCGCCGUCCUGGACAGGACUCGAACCUGUGGCCUUUUGACCGUUGAGUUUUGAGAAUUUUUCAUGAAAAUAUACAAAGCUAAAGAGUAUGGAACUUUUGGAGUGUGCCAUGCUGAAAAAGGUUGUCUGCGUCUCUCCAUCCAUCGUGCUCUCUAGAUUCGUUUGAUUUUGAAAAACGGCAAAAAGGCGCCGUCCUGGACAGGACGUGAACCUGUGACCUUAUAAUCUUGCUUAUUCAUAGUUUUACUCCUUCAAAACGUUUUUAAAGCGAAUUUCUAGAUUAUUAGGAAUAUUUACAAAUCAAUAACUUUGUUUCAGAAGUCGCACGUCUACAAGAAGACGUUACAAGCCUUGAUCUACCCGAUCAGCUGUACGACUCCGCAUAAUUUCGCGACGACGAACUUCCAAACGCCGACGUGGUGCUACGAAUGCGAGGGGCUGUUGUGGGGACUCGCGCGGCAAGGUGGGCGCAAGUCGUUUUUGGGUCGGGCGCAGCACGAAAACUGUCUCUGAACUACUCAGGCAUCGAUUUUUUCAAAACUCUCGGUGCUCAAGACCUAACGAUACCUCUGAUUUGCUGACCACGCCCAUAAUUAAUAAUAUUGGAUGAUUUCCAGGCCUACGAUGUACCGAAUGUGGGGUCAAAGUUCAUGAAAAGUGCAGGGAGUUGCUCAGCGCCGAUUGCUUACAAAGUCCGUUUCCUGUUUCACUAUUUUUCCACUCUUUUCAAAAUAUUCAUGACUUUUACUGUUUCAGGAGCCGCUGAGAAAAGUUCCAAACAUGGAGAAGCGGACCGGACGCAAUCUUUAGUAGCGGUUAUCCGGGACCGGAUGAAAAUUCAGGAGAAGAAUAAGCCGGAAAUCUUUGAGCUCAUCAGGUUUGUUUCCAGCAUUUUCCAAAAAUAAAAUAUAUUAUUUUUUAGGACAGUUUUUGGGGUUGACGAACGGGUACAACAGGAAACGCUAAAACAGGUCAAAACGAGUAUUCUUGAAGGCAGCAGCAAAUGGAGCGCCAAAAUUACGCUCACUGGUGAGAAAUUAAAGAGCGUGAUGGCUUGAAGAGACGCGAGAGAAGUCAGAGACUGUCUAACUGUCUGCGUCUCUUGAAUGUUCAUAGUCCUUUGCACUUCAUGUGCUCUUGGGGGGAUUUACCAGAAAGCUAGGAGAAGAGAGUAGGAGUUUUUGAGAGGCGCGAGAGAAAUGAGAGCCUGUAUAACUGUCUAGCGUCUCUCGAAUUUUCAUGGUCCUUUCCACUUCAUGUGAUCUUGGAGCGGGGGGGGAUUUACCAGAAAGCUAGGAGAAGAGAGCAGAAGAUCCUGAAGAGACGCGAGAGAAGUGAGAGACUGUCUAACUGUCUAGCGUCUCUCGAAUUUUCAUGGUCCUUUCCACUUCAUGUGAUCUUGGAGCGGGGGGAUUUACCAGAAAGCUAGGAGAAGAGAGCAGAAGAUCCUGAAGAGACGCGAGAGAAGUGAGAGACUGUCUAACUGUCUAGCGUCUCUCGAAUUUACAUGAUCCUUCCUCUCCUUCUUUUUCCGUUCACUUUAUACGUGAGAUUCUCCAAAAAGCAAGAAGUAGAGAACAGAAGAGACUGAAGAGACGCUAGAGAAACGAGAGAACUUCUCACUGUCUGGCGUCUCUUCAGUUUCCUUCUAUCUCUCGCUUCUUAUUUUCAAAAACCUGGCUGAUUGAAUUUUUACAGUAAUCUGUCUAAUCAAAAUUGAGAGAACAAGGCGGCUUGAAGAGACGCGAGAGAAAAAAAACUGUAUAACUGUCUAGCGUCUCUUAAAUUUUCAUAGUCCUUUUCACUUCAUGUGCUCUUGGGGGAAAAAUUCACCACAGAGUUAGGAGAAGAGAGUAGAAGUUUUUGCGAGAGGCGAGAGAAGUGAGAGACUGUAUAACUGUCUGGCGUAUCUCCAGCUUUCCCUUAUCCCUCGCAACACUUCUAUAACCGAAUUUUUUCAGUAAUCUGUGCUCAAGGACUAAUCGCCAAGGACAAAACGGGCAAAAGUGAUCCAUACGUGACGGCUCAAGUCGGAAAAGUCAAGAGGAGGACGAGGACGAUCCAUCAGGAGCUGAACCCCGUUUGGAACGAGAAAUUCUUCUUGUGAGUUGAGAAAAUUAGAAAAGCACCCAGGGAAGAGAAAAUUGCUCCGUUUAUAAUUUCUUCUUUUUCAAAUCUCGGUGUGAAAAACAGCCGCUUGAAACACGACAUUGUGUGCUCUGUUGAUAAAUCUGGCAUUUUUCUCUUUUUUAAUUAUGAAUUUUUGACAUUUUAAGUUUCUCAAACAGUAAAUUCGACUGGUAACUUCCCUAGAAACACUCCAGAAAUUUUCAAAAAUGGCUCGGAAAAAAAAUCGGGUAAAAAACACCUAAAAUGAUUUUCCUUGCUCCAUUGAUAAUCCAAUCAAUCGCUAUAUCAAUUUUUUCAAAAUUUCGAGGUGUGAAAAAACAGCCGCCUUAGACACGACUUUAUGUGCUCUGUUGAUAAAUCUAGCAUUUUUCUCUUUUUGAAUCAUGAUUUUUGAAGCUUUUUGACCCUUUAGAACAGUAAAUUCGACUGGUAACAUUCCUAUUGCUUGAAAAAGGAAAUUUAAAAAAAUAGCCACUAAAAUUUAUCUUCUUUGCUCCAUCGAUAAUACAAUCAAUCGAAAUAUCAUUUUUUUUUCCAAAAAUUGCGUUGUGAAAAAAACAGCCGCCUAAAAACACGACCUUAUGUGCUCUGUUGAUAAUUCCGACCUUUUCUUUUUUUAAGUUAUGAUUUUUGGGAUUUUGAGCCUUUAGAACAGUAAUUUCGACUGGUAACUUUCCUAUUGCUUGAAAAAUGGAAUUCCAAAAAAAGCCACAUAAAAUGAUCUUCCUUGCUCCAUUGAUAACUCAAUCAAUCGAUAUAUCAACUUUUUUCAAAAAUUUGCGAUGAGAAAAAACAGCCUUCUUAAACACGACCUUAUGUGCUCUGUUGAUAAAUCUGGUAUUUUGAGCCUUCAGAACAGUUAAUUCGACUGGUAACGAUUCCAUAAAGACUACUGAGGACUAAUUUGGAAAGAAAAUUGGAAAAAUAGCCACCUCAAAUGAUCUUUCUUGCUUCAUUGAUAAUCCAAUCAAUCAGUAUGCCAAUUUUACAGCGAAUGCCACAAUUCGACGGAUCGAAUCAAAGUCCGAGUUUGGGACGAGGACAACGAUUUGAAAUCGAAACUGCGGCAAAAACUGACGAGAGAAUCGGAUGAUUUCCUGGGCCAGACGGUUAUUGAAGUGCGGACACUUUCUGGCGAGAUGGACGUUUGGUAUAACUUGGGUUGGUUUUGGUUGUAAAAAGAAGAUGAAAACUGACUUUUUGUUGAAUUUUGUAGAGUAGAGAGCUUUGAUUUUUGAGAGGGGGGCAAACUAAAGCUCAUCAAAAAAAUCGAUACGGAAUUAUAUUUUUUUAUCGUUUUCUUCAAAAAAAUAUAAUUUUUUUCCAGAGAAGAGAACCGACAAAUCGGCGGUUUCUGGAGCGAUCCGACUUCACAUCAGUGUCGAAAUCAAGGGAGAGGAAAAAAAUUGGCCCCGUAUCAUGUCCAGUACACUUGCCUGCACGAACAUCUCUUCCAGGUUUGGUAUUUUCCAAAAAAAGAUAAGAUUUUAGCUCAUUGAACAGUGCAUUUCAUUGAAAUUACUUUAAAAAAUAGAUCAGAAUGAAUUUAGAUCAUUCCUCAUGAACAGUCUGCUAUAUGGGAGCAUAAGAUCUGUAUUUUUCGUCCUUUUCCUCUUUUGGUCUCGAGAAAUUUCCUGGUUUUGUAACUUUAGUUUUGAUAAAAGGUGAAGGAGCCCUAUGAGAAGUUGGAAAUUGGAUAAACGUCUUCCUUGAAAUCCUGUUUUUUUUUUAUAAAAAUUAUAAUUUUAUUGAUUUUAUCGAACUCUUGCUGAUUUUGAAGAAAAGCGCAGAAUCUCAACUUUCUCCGUACGGUUACGGUAGGCCGGUGCGCACCUGCGUAUCUGAGUAUUGAUGAGCUUUAACUCGGCAAGUGAUAUAUCAAUCGAUAGGUAAUCCAGUUUUAGGAAAAUUUACAGUACUUGACAUUUUUGAUUACUGCACAAGUUUUUGAGUUGCGGUACUUUUUGUGUUUUAAAAAAAUUGGUUUUUCAUUCGACGUCGCCAUACAAUCGCACGAUUAAAAACUAUAAAAAAGCAUUUUUUCCAGGCUCACUGCGUCGACGACGAGGUCAAAUUGCCCGAGGCGAAAGGCGAAGAAGCCUGGAAGAUUUAUUUCGAGGAGACGCCCGAAGAAAUCGUCAACGAAUUUGCGAUGCGAUACGGCGUUGAGAAUAUCUAUCAGGUUGGUUUUUGGGUCGGAAAAAGGGGUAGGAGGUUGGAAAUCAACGAAUUAUAUUUUUGUAGAGCUAUAGCGCAUUCCAAGCCAGCUUGUCCUUUUUUUUCAAAAGAGACCGAGUUGCAAAUCUGACCAAAGAUCUUUGCUGUUUUUCUUUGUAGUCGUUGUAUUUUGAAUCAAGGCUUUUUUAAGUGGAACAGGAAACUUUAAAAGUACGUAACUUAUUUUUCGUUUCCUCUUUUAAAACUCUCAAAAAAAUUCCAGGCGAUGACCCAUUUCGCGUGCCUGUGCACGAAAUACAUGUGCGCCGGUGUCCCAGCCGUCCUCUCGACUCUUUUGGCCAAUAUCAAUGCGUGAGUUUGAAGCCUGUAUCAAAUUGGAAGGCAGAUGAGAAGUUAUGAACUUGCUAGGAGGUUUCGCAGAUCCAUAGGCUUAAAAAUGACUUUUUCUGGACUUUUAAGACCUAUAUAGCCCUUGAGAGAUAUCACGAUUUGAAGCCAUAUUUUUACUCUAGAGCGCAUUUUUCUAGUUUUUGAAGAUUUUUUUAAAGGUUGAACACAAUUUUUUAGUUUUGCAAGGUUUUUUUCAGAUUCUAGAUCAUUACUUUUUAUAGGUUUCAAAGAUUUUUUUAAGGAUUGGACACAAAUUUCUAGUUUUGCUAUGCCCUGGAUCAUUACUGUCCAACUACAUGCUGUUCUAGCUGUGAAACUUUAAUUUUUUAGAUUUUUAGCCGUGGAACACAAUUACGGUCACGAAAAGUUAUUUCACUUCAGGAUCAUUAUUUUACUUUGAAACUUAUUUUUAUAGUUUUUAAAGGUUUUCGUAAGGAUUGGACACAAAUUUCUAGUUUUUCCAGGCUUUUUCAGAUCCUAGACCAUUACUUUUUAAGGCUUUUGAAGAUUUUUAAAGGGAUUGAGGCACAAUUUUUUAAUUUUGCCAGGCUUUUUCAGAUCCUAGAUCAUUACUUUUUAUAGGUUUUAAAGAUUUUUGUAAGGGUUGGACACAAAUUUCUAGUUUUUCCAGGCUUUUUCAGAUCCUAGACCAUUACUUUUCAUAGCUUUUGAAGAUUUUUUCGAAGGUUGAGAACCAAUUUUUAGUUUUGCGUGGCUUUUUUUGGCCCUAGAUCAUUACCAUUCAACUUUUCUAGCUUUGAAUCUCAAAUUCUUCGAGUUUUUAGCCGUGGAGCACACUUUCCCAAACUUUUGAGCCUUUCUCUGCUUUGAGACAAAAAUGCUCAGUUUUUCGUGACUUUUUUUUUAAAAUUAAACUUUAAUUCCGAAUAUUUGCGACUACUUUAAGAAUGUAGCUCAAUUUCAUGAAAAUUUCGGAUCUUUUCAAUUUUUUCAACGGAUUUGAACAAUUUUUUCAGUUAUUACGCCCACACGACAGCCACAUCAGCCGUCUCGGCGUCUGACCGAUUUGCGGCCUCGAAUUUCGGAAAAGACCGUUUCGUGAAGCUUCUCGACCAACUCCACAACAGCCUUCGGAUCGAUUUGAGCAUGUAUAGGGUUGGUUUUUUUUUAAGUACCGAUCUCAAUGGAAACUGAGGAUUUUUCUAUUGAAAAAUGAGUUCAAAGCAGAUUUUAGUCAAUUUAUAGUCUCUUUGGGAGUUGCAAUGAUAGUUCAGGAAUUUUUUUAAAAAUUGAAAUUGAGAAAAAAACGCCGUUUUUCGCUGAUUAUUAAUCCUUUAUUCAAUAAAAAUAUACAUAUUUUGCAUUUUUCUCGUUUUUCACUCUUAAAACUUUGACUUUUCUAUCCUCUACCCCAUUUUGAACCCAUCGAAUAACAAAUUAGCCUUGGAGCAAAUAAAAUUAAAACAAAAUGGCCGCUCGCCUAAUUUUAAAAUCCUGUGUCUCAUUUGGAAAGAUUAAUGAGGUUGAUUUUUGAUUUUUAAUCUUGAGAUGGGUUUUUCAAAGAUAUCUACAAAUUCCCCAAAAUUUCCGGUUUUUGGGAUAAGAAAUAAAAAUACUCUCAAGCUUCUCCUAAUGCUCUCAAGCUUCUCCUUUUUUUUUUAAACAAAACUUUUUUCCCAGCUCAAAACGAUAACUAGCGGAAUUCGAGGAAUGUGUGCGUUCUACGUGAUUUUAUAUCUUGAUAGGGUUUCCCCCAGAAAAAAAAAACAUUUUUUUUUCUAGUCGAGUUGCCAGGAAACGACCUCAUGACGGCGGCUUCUUCGUCGCCUCAUUUACUCUGACACCACUUAUUUUUUCCCCCCUCUUGAUUUUCUCGCACCUUUUCCGAUGCUUCGUUUGAUUUUUAUGGGAUUUGAAAGUUCGAAAAUCAAAAGCUGAGAGAAUGAAGGAAUAUUUUGUAGAAGAGCCAUCAAAAAUAGGCCAGGAAAAUGAGAUAAUUAGGCUUCGAUACUGAAAAAAAAAAAUUAGAAAUUGUUUUCCAGCGUUAAAAAAACUCAAAAGAAUGAAAAUUCGUUUUUUCCUAUAAACUCCAGAGUAAUCCCUAUAGGGACAACCUUUGGGCCCCUUGGAAUGACCCCUCUAGGGACCACUAAGGCUUGCAAAAGUGGUCCCUAUAGGGACAUGCUAGUCGAUAAUUAUUAUAAACACUCGUCCAUGGGAAAAAAUGACUAAAUGAGCGUUUUUUGAAUGAUUUUGAGAGAUCCCUAUAGGGCCCACUUGAGCUUUGGGGCCUAGGGGAUCAGAUCCUGAACUCCUAUUGGGAUCACUUUUCGGUCCCUUACCCCUAUAGGGACUACUCUGGAAAUCAUGUUAGAACAUAUUCGUGAAAAAGUGUAUGUAAGGGCUAUAUUGAGGCGCCUUUGCUUCAGUAGUCAAAAUAUCUUGAAAAAACGAAAAUUAGGGUUUUUCGAUUCAAACAGCUGCGAUAAUUUGAAAAGUUCUUGUUUCAAUAAUAUGAUGACCAUGAAAAUUAGAACAUAUGCGCUCCAUGGUUAAUAAAUUGUUGAUGGCCCUGUAACCGUGUUUCAAAGCAGGAAAAGCUUCAAAAAGUUGAAAUUUGAUAGCUCCAGUUGCUACAAUAAUAUGAUAGCCAUGAAGAUUAGAACAUAUGCGCUCCAUGGCUAAAAUUAAAGGUUAAUCCAAGCUUUUUACUCUUGCAGCUAUUUUUUCAAUGUAGUGUGGGUGGAAACUUUUCUUUUUCCUCGACUUAUUUGCUCUGACGAAUUCUCGGUCUCCAAUUUUCAUGUACCCGUUUAACGCCUUAUUUGGUUCCUACUUUCGAGAAUUAUUUAUUUCAAUUCCCAUUGGAUUCGGAUUUUAUGGCCCUUGUUGGAAUUCGCUGAGAAUUUAGAGGUACGAGAAUCAUUCGUUUUUUGGAAGGCUUUCCUUAUUUUUUUGGUUUUCUAAGCCUUUUUCGAAUUUUUUGCGAUUAUAUCAGUCCAGCAGCCUUAAUUUUUACCCGUGACUUGUGAAAUCCUGAAGCUUUCUAGAAGCUUUUUUGGGUUCUGCAGGGAAGAAAAAACCAGUUUUUUGUGACCCUUAUCAGCUCUGGUACAACUUUUUCAAUUUUUAAAAAAUGCAGGUGAUUUUUCAUGUUUUUCAAGCUUCUGGAGCUGAUUCUAUAAAUGAUGAGGUGUUUUUUUUUAGCCGUGGAGCUAAUUUUCUGAAAUUUGAAGGCUGUUCAAGCCCUCAUUUUUGAAUCUCCUGUGCCAUUCUGGUAGUUAGGCGCGAAAAUGGAUCUUUAAAGGAUGAGUUUUUUUUAGCCGUGGAGCGAUUUUCCCUCAAUUAUCAAGGCUAUCCAAGCCCAUAUUUUCGAACCUACUGGUAGUUAUGAGCGAAAUUCAAGCUUUCAAGCCUUUUUUAGGUCUCAUUUCUAUCAAAAUGUCGACAAAUAACCAAAAAUCUCGGCGUUCAAAAAAUCAGUAGUCCUUUUUCAAGAGGUAUAUAUCUUCUCCAAUCUAUAGAGCAUUUAUUACGACUUGAAUAGGAAGGAGAAAAAGGAGGGGAAAAAAAGAAAGGAAAAGCUUUGAUUUCCCACGGAGGAGCAACACGUUUGACGCACACAAAUCCUUACGUUCCGAUUCUUAUUUUUCCUCUUUUAUGCCCAUUUUUGGGCCUGAUGGAUAUAUAUGAAUUUUAGAAUGUUUAUAGGAAAUUUUUGAAAAAUAUUGGAAUGGAUUUUCGAGAAAAUUGUUUUCCAAUGGCCGAUCAGUCAGAGGAAUGCUUUGCUGACACGAUUUUUUGGUUUUUUUUAAGUUGAGAGAUUUUUCUUGAGGUUAGAAAGCUUCAUAACCAAAUUUAGUAUAGAAUAUGAGGUUUUUCAGAAUUUUUUUACUUGAAACCCCCCGAAUUUGUAGAAAAAUUCCAAACAAAAAAAGUAAAACUCCCUUGUUAGGUCAAAAUUUCACCAAUAUUUGCUAGAAUUUCCCAAGGUUUCUCCAGAAAGUGUGAUUCCUCCGAAAAUCCAGCCACUAUCUCGAUAAUAAUAUUUAUCCCGACUUGAUCAUUUCUCUGGAAAAGCCGCUUAUAAACGGAUUUCUUCGGCCCAAUAUCCGCUCCUCUUCCCAUUUGCCAUAUGAGAGAAGCUUGGAAUUUUUCAACUUUCUCAAUUUUUCUUGCCUUUUUUGUUGGGUUUCAAGUCGUUUUUGGCGUCUGAGGUUAUGAAUUUGGUUGGGAGAAUAUUUAGAAAGUUUAGAAAAAAAGGGAAAUGAAUAUUUAGGAUUUGCUAUGACGAAAAAAUUUGGGAUUUUUUUGAGUCUCUAGAAUGCGAAAAAAAGUUUGAAUUUAUGAAAAAAAGUUCAAAAUGAAUGCGCACUGAGAAUGUUUUACAGCUUGCGCCAGACCAAAAAAACAGGGUUCCGCAAAAUUGCACAAAAAAAUUUUUUUCUCCCUAUUUUUUUCCCUUGAUUUUCAAAGCUUAAAAAAAUAUUCAAAAAUUUGUCAAUAAAAUGCGAAAAAAAUUUGAAUUUAUGAAAAAAAUCUUAGAAAAAUUCUGUUAAGAAGCUCGCACUGAGAAUGUCUCUAACUUGCGCCAGACCAAAAACGGGUUCCGCAAAAUCGCACAAAAUUUUUUUUUUCUCCCUAUUUUUUUCCCUCAAUUUUGAUUUUAAAAGCUUAAAAAUCUUCAAAAUUUGUCACUAGAAUGCCGAAAAUUCAAAUUUAUGAAAAAUCUGAAAAAAUUCUGUUAGGAAGCUCGCACUGAGAAUGUCUUCAGCUUGCGCCAGACCAAAAACGGCUUUCGCAAAAUCGCACAAAAAAUUUUUUUUUCUCCCUAUUUUUCCCCUGAUUUUCAAAGCUUAAAAAUAUUCAAAAAAAUCGCAAAUUGAUAGGAAAUUCCCCGGAUAUUUUCCAGCAAAUUCCAGAGAACUUUGAACUUUUACGUGUGUGUGUGGGAUAAUAUCAAUAUUUUUACAUAUCCAUAAGCUUUUUGGCCAAAUAAUCCUCGACAUUUUUGAACCUUAUCCUUAUCACAGAUUAUCAUGUGGAACAAUGAUGGGAAUGGUCUUUUUGACAUAAAAAUUUUCAGAACCAUUUCCCGUCUUCUUCGCCCGCCAAACUCCAAGAUCUCAAAUCGACCGUCGAUUUGCUCACUUCCAUCACGUUCUUUCGUAUGAAGGUAUCGAUUUUUGACUCGUAAUAACUCAUAAAACCUGGAUUUUUCGAAAAAUUGAGGUUCCGAAAAAUAGUUGAAUGAACUUCUGAAUUUUCAAGUCAAAAAUAAAACUUUUCAAUUUUUCCCGUUGAAAUGUGUUAUUUUUUGACUUCAAACAGUUGAUUUAUAGUUGUAUUCCCAAUAAAUCUAGUUUUUUUUAAAGGUUUAGGACUGGGUAAGAACAUUUAAAUUGAAAAUAUUGGUUAACGAUCAAAAAAAUUUUUUUAAAAACCUUUUUUUCUCAAUGACUUUUAGCUUUCUACUUUAGGGGGAGGGGAAUUUUUAAAGGGUUUUUUUAUGACCCCAAAUGGUCAAAUGGAUAUAACAUUCUAGCUAAAAAAACAUAUUGGUUAAGGGUCAAAAAAAGUGACCUUUUAGCUUUCAAUUUCAAGAGGGGGAGGGGGGAUUUUUUUCAAAUGAUUUUUUUAUGAACCCAACUGAUCAAAUAGACUCCCCCAAAGAGUUAUUUACAAAAAAAUCAAGUUUCAAAAAAAUCAACAUAUUGGUUAAGGGUCUAAAAAGUGACCUUUUAGCUCUCAAUUUUGGGGGAGGGCGGAGAGGGGGAUUUUUUUCAAAGCGUUUUCCAAUAGACCCCCCUUCUCAAAGAGAUAUAUACAAAAAAAGGGGGUUUUUUUCAAAGUUUUUUUCUAUGACCCCAACUGAUCCAACGGAUCCUUCCCCCUUCAAAAAAAGCUUGGUUCCGAAGGCUCUCAAGCUAAUCAACAUAAUUGAUUCAAUUUUUCCCCCUCCAAUUUAAAGGUGCUCGAAUUGGCGAGUCCUCCACGUGCUUCGAAUGUCGUACGGGAAUGCGCCAAGGCCUGCAUGCAGGUAAUUUUUUUUAGAUUCGAAAAUAUUGAUUAACUUGAGCAUUGAUUUAUGUAUAGAACUUUUGAGGAGAUUGGAAUUUUUCGAAUUUUUCCAACUUUUGAAUAGAAAUAGCUUCAAUUUGUCUAUUCAGGAGCUUUUUAGAGACGAUUUUUAAGCUUUUAAUACAGUUAAAGUGUUAAAAUGAUUGAAUUUAGCAAACCUACCAACUAAUGUUCGAAUCGUGUUGCGAGCAAGGCGGCCCCUCAGCCGACUCUGUCCGGUUUUGGUUCGAUUUCCUGGAUUAUAUGAUGCGGUGAGCUAUUUUCUCCCAUUUUCAGCCUUGAAAAUGAGCAAAAAAUCUUUUAGAAUUGUAGAAUUUUGAUUAGAAUGACAAGAAAAAACUUUAAAAAUGGAUCAGUUCAAAAAAAUUGAAGUCAAACAACUCGUGGCCAUAUUUUCACUGUCAAGUGCGCUCUAUCGAUAAAUUGUUGGAUUUUUUGGGAUUUUUUGAAAAUUAAUAUUUUUUCCGAAAGUGGAGGCCUUUCACAUCCAUUUUUCAGAAUGAAAAUCGAGUUUUAUCAUAAAUUCCUUCAUAACGAACUAAAAUCGGUUUUUCAUGUACCAUUACGACCAGAAUUUCGAGGACUACCUAAAAAAAAUACUUUGGAAGAUUCAGAAAAGUAAUCCAAAAAAGUCCAAAAAAAUGAAUUUUAAAAAAAACCUGGCUAUUUUUAACUGUCAAGUGCGCUCUAUCGAUAAAUUUUUAGAUUUUUCGGGAUUUUUGAAAAUAUCUGCCAUGGGAGCAUAUUUCAUCAAUUCUCUGAAGGUAAAUCGAGUUUUAUCUUAAAUUUCUUCAUAACGAACAAAAAUCGGCUUCUCGUGUACCAUUGGGAUCAGAACUUUGAGGAUUACCUUAUAAAUACCUUGAAAGGUUCAAAAAAUUAAUUUUAUGAUUUUCAGAGUGAUAGAAGACGACAAGCACAUCUACACGCCGGUGUUGAACCAAUUCCCCCAAGAACUAAACGUCGGCCAACUUUCCGCCGGAACCCUUUGGCAAAUGUACAAAACUGAUCUGCAACUCGCCUUGGAAGGUACGAAAGUAGCUGAAAAUUGGUUUUCACGAAUUUUGUGGGAAAUAGUCUUAUCGGUGUCGUUUAUAGUUAAUUGGGGAAAUUUGAAAAUAGGCCAUGGGAACCCGGAAAAAAAACCGAAAGUUCAAUUUUUCAACUUUUAAGUUGGAAAUCUACAAAUUUGGACCUGACUGUUAUCUUCUUAGAAUCUUAGAGGUUUCAGAAACUUUGGCAACGAGUCAAAUAGCUUCGAGGGAGUUUGAGCUUUCAAGAAAAUCAAUAGAAAAAAUGUCCAGGAAGAGCUCAAGGCGGCCUUUUUUGACGGAUAUUUUCAAAAUCUCAUCCUUUUACUUGGACUUUCAGAACACGCCCAAACGAAACGUUGCACGACGCCCGAAUACAUGAACCUCUACUUCAAAGUCAAGGGAUUCUACUUCAAAUACGUCGCCGACAUGCCCCAAUACAAGCAGAGCAUUCCCGAAUUUCCAGCGUUCGUUUUUGUCAUUUUUUGGGGGUUCUUUGAAAUUCGGAUACCUAGAUGUAGAAAAAUUGGGAAAAGUUUAGCGGUUUUGAAAAUUCUCCAAUAGAAACUACGCCCUCUGAUAAUAUAAAAAAUGACACUUUUCAAUCAAAAAUCAGCUGUCCGAAUGAGUGGAAAAAGGCUCCUUUUUGCGACAUUUUUGCGCCAUUUUAUGGGCUUUUAUGCACCAUUUUUGCUGCCUUUUCAACCAUUUCUCAGGUCUUUGAAAUUUCAGAAAAAUGGAAGGCUUAAUAGGGGCACUUUUUGCUGCCUUUCUGCGGCCUUUUUCGAGCCUUUUUGCUACCUUUUUGCUACCUUUUUGCAGCCUUUCUGCGGCCUUUUUCGAGCCUUUUUGCUACUUUUUUUGCGGCAUUUUUUUGAGCCUUUUAGCGGCCUUUUUGCGCCCUUUUUCAACCCUUUUUAGCGGCCUUUUUGCGCCCUUUUUCGAGCCUUUUUAGCGGCCUUUUUUGAGCCUUUUAGCGGCCUUUUUGCGCCCUUUUUUGAGCCUUUUAGCGGCCUUUUUGCGCCCUUUUUCGAGCCUUUUAGCGGCCAUUAUCCACCAUUCCGAUUUGGCCCAACAAAAUUGAUUUUUUUUUUCUCAUUCUUGUUCUUUUCCGACUUUUGAAAGCCUAAUCUUCAUCUCUGAACCCAUUUUCCCCCUCUAUUUUUAGAAUCCCUCUUGUCUAAGCCAAGCCGAAUAAAUUAGCGAUGGACAAGAUUUGCAUAUUUCUGAAUGAUUCCUUCAAUUUUUUUUCAGUUGGUUCAUUCCAUUCGUCAUGGAUUGGCUCAAUGAGAACGACGAACACUCGAUGGAUAUCCUCAGGAAUGCCUACAAUCGGUUCGUUUUUCGUUUCAACGGGAAGUUUAAAAUUCAAAUUUCGCGCGAAAAAUAAUUUUGAAAAAAAUUGGAGGAUAUUAUCCUGAAAGAUUCUUAAUUUUCAGCUCAAAAUGAAGCCUAGGAAUUUUUGCAACAUAAAUUUUGUGUUUCCAGCGACAAAUCGGACAACUUCCCCCAAACCUCCGACCAUACGAAAUUCUCCAACAGCGUGGUCGACGUCUUCACCCAAUUGAAUGAAGCUUUGAAAUUGUUAAAACAGGUAUUUUACCUUGAAAAGUUCAUAAUUUACUAAAUUUCCUUCCAGAUGGACUGUCCAAAUCCAGAAGUCGCGGCUGAUAUGAUGAAGAGGUUCAGCAAAACGUUAAACAAGGUGAAAAACCAAAAAUUUUGAAUUUCUCAUCAUUCUGAUGAUGCAAAAAAUACGAAAAAGAUGUCAAGAAAAAAUGGCAAAAAGGCAUCUUCCCAUGCCGGGAAUCGAACCCGGGCCGCGUGGGUGAAAACCACGAAUCCUAACCACUAGACCACAUGGGACACGGCGUAGGCUGCCGCGCCGCGCCACUAACUUCCUCGCUGUCUUUCUUGUGUUAUCUUUAAGAUUCAUAGAAAAAUUUCGAAAUUUGUAUUCUGCAUUAAAAAUUUUUGAAUUUUCAGGUCCUGUUGGCGUAUGCUGAUAUGGUGCAGAAGGAUUUCCCGAAAAUUUGCGACCAACGAAAAAAAUUGGCCUGCAUUUUGAUGAACAACGUACAGCAAUUGAGGUUCAUUUUUGUGAUUUUUUUUGUCGUAUAAAAUGAAAUUUCAGUCUGGCUUGUGUAGAAAAUGAAUCAGGAAGCUUAUUUGAUCAUUUUUCGGAUAUAAAAUAACUGAGUUUAACGUUUCAGAGUGCAACUGGAGAAGAUCUACGAAAACAUGGGCGGCGGCGAGUUGGACACGACGGCCAGCCAAGUUCUGACCAAUUUGCAGAAAAAGCUCAAUUCUGUUCUCGACAAAUUGUCUGGAGAAGUUGGAAUUUGAUAUUUCGAAAACUUUUAACAGUUACUUGAGAUGUCAAAGUGGUCCCUAGAGGGGUUAAAGAGAAAACAACACUCUGAGAGAACCAAAAAGUGCCCACUAUAGGGGUUUAAAGUUUGAGCCUUAAACUUCUAGUUCAUCUAAGUUUCUUCUCACAAAGUUCAUAACAAAAAUCGACUAGCAUGUCCCCUAUAGGGGCCCCUUACUGAAAACAUAAUAAGGGCUACUUUUGAAACCUCAAGUGGCCCCUACAGUGAAAGGUAUAGCGGCCCCUAGAGCGGAGCCUUCAAAGGUUUUUUUGCCCCUAAGAAACCCUAACCGUUCGCACUUUCCAGAUUACCCAAAAAACUCAAAUUUUCAGUUUGUCGCAACCCUCGAACCGCACAUCCACGAGCAAACGAUGAAGUUGGGCGUUCUUUUGACGAAAAUCAAAGGACCUCAGCUGCAAAAGUCCCAAGUCGCUCCGGUUGGUUACUGUUUCAGUUGGAUUUUAUAGGGAUGAAUAGGAAAAAAAUUGCACCCUCUCCUUUUUACACACUAUUUCGCUUGAAAAACUUGAUACUGGAGUUUUGAAACUUGAAGCAAAAAGGAAGAGUUUGGAUACCAAAUUCAAAAGAAAUAGGAACAUUUUCAAGCCUUUCCAGGAAGCCGACGCUGUUCUCGAGCCUCUCAUGGACUUGUUAGAAGGAUCCUUGCAAAGAUACGCGGCCCAAUGCGAGAAAACCGUCCUCAAGUACAUCCUGAAAGAGUUGUGGCGGAUCACCAUCGUCAGCAUGGAGAAACUCGUCGUCCUCCCGCCGUUGUCCGAGAAAGCGGUCAGUUUUUCGAAAAUGAUUGAAGUCACCAUAAUCAAAAUGCGCUUUAUCUUGUAAAAUGAGGAUUAGACUUGAAAUUGACGUAUUUUCCAACUGCGAAACGGUAAAACACUCAAUUAGUCCAGCAGAAGGGGAAAUUCUACAGAAAACUCGAGAAAUAAGACGUUAAAUAACUUUACAGUUUCGGGGGGUAGUGUUAAGAAAAAAAUAGAGAUAAUUUUUCAAUCUCAGGCGGUAGUAGUCAUUUCAAGUUGGAAAACCAAAGGAGGGGGCUUUGGCAGCUUGAAAAAUGGUCUGUCUACGUUUUCUGUUUCAGCGGUACUUGAAAAAUUUUAGCUUUCGAUAUGAGAUGUUAAUUUGAAUUGGCCUUUAUUAAAAAUAAUUGACUAAAAGGAAUAUUUCCAGCUUCUGAAACAACUACCCAACGCGAAAAUCGGCGACGUGACCAAGUUGAUGUCGACGAACAUUCAGAACAUCAAAGGAAUGAGCUCCGUCAAGGAUAUGAUGGUGAUUUGGUCAACUUAUACAAAAACCUUAGUUUUUCCUUUCAGGACAUUGCUCGGGAGUGCGAAAAAUCCCUGACUCCCAAGCAGUGUACAGUCCUCGACGCCGCUCUGGACGCUAUCAAAGGUACAUUUUUUGAAAAUCGGAAAAAAAAAAUCAGAAGAAAAAAAACGGUUGAGGACAGAUUUCAGAAAAGAUGGCGAAACCCGUGGUUUCAAAAAAAUUUGUCUAAUUUACAGCAACACGGAAUUUUAAAAACCGUCCUACGGCUCUAUAAAUGACGCUAGAUUCCUCGAAAUAAUGUAUCAUUUUUAAAAGUUGUUUUAUUAAGAAUUUUCGUAUUGAGAUUAGAGAAACUUGGAUCAUUUGAUCAUUUUCAUGACCCUUUUUGACGGAAGUUUUUUUUCUCAAACUUUUUAAAGUUCCAUAUGCCUUCAUUUGACUUACAGAUAGCUUCCACGCCGGCGGCAAAGGCCUGAAAAAGUCGUUCUUCGAAAAAUCGCCAGAGCUUCAGUCGUUGAAAUACGCGCUGAGUCUGUACACCCAGACAACUGAACAGCUCAUCAAGACCUUUAUAACGAGUCAGAAACAACAAGGUACGGAUUUUUGUAGAACACUGAGUCAAGUUUUUCCAGACAUUCCAUCCCAAGAACAGCCGGUUGGCGAAGUGAGCGUCCAGGUGGAUCUGUUCAGUCAUCCAGGCACCGGCGAGCAGAAAGUCACCGUUAAAAGUUGGUCUUUUUUAAAAUUUUAGAUUAAAAAUGGCCCAGUCUCCGCGCGAAAAAAAAAUCGAAAAUUUACAAUUUGGCUGAAAUUUGUGGUCUGGAUGCCUAAGUAUGGUAGGAAAUAGUCGUUUCAAUGACUUAAAGUUUAAAAAAACGUGAUGGCAAGUGUCAUCUGCGCUCUAAGGAUAAUGGCAAGAUUAGGAAGCUGCCUUUGAGUUUUAGGCGCUGCUUAAAAUUUCCAGGCGCUGCUUAGAAUUUCCAGGCGCUGCUUAGAAAUGUCAGGCGCUGCUUAACAAAAUUUUGAGCGUUGCUAGAGAGAUUUGGGAGCUGCUUUUGAGUUUUAGGCGCUGCUUAGAAUUUCCAGGCGCUGCUUAGAAUUUCCAGGCGCUGCUUAGAAAUGUCAGGCGCUGCUUAACUAAAUUUUGAGCUUUGCUAGAGAGAUUUGGGAGCUGCUUUUGAGUUUUAGGCGCUGCUUAAAAUUUCCAGGCGCUGCUUAGAAUUUCCAGGCGCUGCUUAGAAACAUCAGCCGCUGCUUAGAAAUGUCAAGCGCUGCUUAACAAAAUUUUGAGCCCUUCUAGUGAAAUUGAGCAACUGAAAUGCUUUGCUAGAGAGAUUUGGGAGCUGCUUUUGAGUUUUAGGCGCUGCUUAAAAUUUCCAGGCGCUGCUUAGAAUUUCCGGGCGCUGCUUAGAAUUUCCGGGCGCUGCUAAAAUACAUCAAACUUUGUUAGAAACUUUUUUGGAACUGCCUUGAAACUUUAGGAACUGCUUAAAAGCAUCAAGGGCUACUGUAGAACAGUGGAUAUGUUAUAAAUCUUUCCAAAGAAAGCAAAUUAAAAUGAAAAUUUUUCCAGUCCUUGCCGCUAAUGACCUCCGGUGGCAAACCUCUUCAACCUUUAAACCAUUCGUCGAAGUUCACCUCGUCGGUCCAUUCCUUGCGGACAAGAAGCGGAAAAUGGCCACAAAAAGCAAAACGGGCAACUGGGCGCCCAAGUUCAACGAAACCUUCCACUUGUACGUUUUAUUCCAUUUUCGGAUUUUUAUUUCUCGACUUUUUUUCAAAGCGUAUAAUUCUAUACCAGAGAUGCACAGAAUUCCGCGUUCUGCGCUUUUUAGCGUUCCGCAUUCCGCAUUCCGCAAUAAAAAAAUUUCGUUCCGCAUUCCGCAUUCUCAAUUUUUACUUCCGUCUUUCUAUGUCCUAUACCAUUGAUUAAAAAAGAAAAUUACAAAUUUUGAAAUUUUCCAGAAACCGAGAAGUUUUUUAAGAAAGUUUUUUGUACAUACGUUUCAAAAAACUUUUACCUUUUUUUUUUCAGUUUCCUCGGAAACGAGGGCGAACCGGAGCACUACGAGCUCAUGUUCCAAGUCAAAGACUACUGUUUUGCGCGUGAAGAUCGCAUUGUUGGCGUGGGCGUUCUUCAAUUGGCUAACGUCGUUGAUCAAGGUAUCAUAUUUUUUUUCAAACUUAUUUCAACCUUUUUUCGAGGCUUUUAUUCAAUUUUAACGUUAUUUUUCAUCCGAAAAGCGCUUUUCUGUUCUUAAAAAACUCGAAAAAUGAUAAGAAUACACUGUAAAAAGCUAUCUGGUGCGCCUCCGUGCCUCCAGCCGCCGUGUCCCAUGUGGUCUAGUGGUUAGGAUUCGUGGUUUUCACCCACGCGGCCCGGGUUCGAUUCCCGGCAUGGGAAGAUGCGUUUUUUCUUUGAUUCCUUUUUUUUCAAUAAAUUAGUUUUUUUUUGAAUCGCAUCACUAUAACAGGAUAGAUUCGAGAACUUGUGAAACAAUUUUUUGCGGUAAUUUUGAAAAAAGGAUUUGAAAUAAACAGGGAAAACAUGAAAUUAUCCUCAGACCUUGGUAACGCGAACGGGACGCGAAUCGGACGUGUCGAGGCAUUUCUAGUGACCACUUUAGUAGCCUCAAAACUCUUAAGGGAUCCCUAGAAUCGCCCAGAAACGUCCGGAGCACGUCCGUUACCAAUGUCCGAGUCUUUAUAAAUGAAUUUUUAUCAUUUUUUUCUCAUCUAUUUUGAUUUAUUUCAGCUGGCUCGUGUGCAAUGUGGGUACAACUCGGCACUCGGCUACACAUUGAUGAAACUGGAUUGAUCCUUUUGAGGAUCUUAUCGCAGCGACAAAGUGAUGAGGUGAUUUAUUGGAGUGAAAAUUUGCAUGAAUACUAUUUUCAUGUUUUUUUAAGGUAGGGAUCAUACAAUAGCUCAUAAGGAAGUUUGAAAAAGGAUGAAAAAUUUGAAAGAAGUCUCGAGCUGAAUAUCUAACUAAAAGCGAAAUUCAAUACCAUUUCAAGAAAUAUUCAAAACGUUGAGACGUUGAAACCAAGUAUUUGAAGCUCAUUGGAAGCUGUGAAAGAAGAUAAUUUGAAAAAAGAAUGCAUUUAUUAUCUCAAGGGGUCAUCAGAAGCUUUAAGACUUUUUUUUUAAACUUCUCAUAUCAUUAGAAUCGGAAGAUUGUCCCCUAGAAGACCCUAUAACUAACUUCCAAAAAUCUCCAGGUUGCUCGCGACUUUGUGCGCCUCAAAUCCGAAUGUCGACACGAAACUGAAAGUACGAUGGCCGCCUCGGCGAGCAAUCAGAAUAUUGGCCGGUGA